CUUCACUAAAAAUAUUCAAUAAAAUCCGAGUCUAGAAAAUAGUCUGUUUUUUGCGAAAGCAUUGCUGGCACUGAAUCUCUCAUUCAACACAACCACACAAUUCUCGUCGUUAUUCUUAAUAAUUGACUGAAAAAUUAAUUUCUAACUAAAAUUAGUGCUCAUUUCUUGAAUAUAUUUAAAUUAUAUCCCGUAAAUAUUGUUAAUUAGCAAAGGGGUUCACUAAAUAACAUUUUAAGAACUUUGUUUAAUGGCAAAUGAAAUACAAUCUGAAACAAUUGUGUUUGCAGACGUGGAAGUGUGCCUUUUCUCAUGACGACCAGCUAUUUGCCUAUUCUUCCGGUAAUAGUACAGUGAUUCUCGUCAAAUGGCACCAACUUAUUAGAAACGGCAAAAGUGAUGAAACAAAUAAAAGGGAUUAUUUAGAGAUAGAAUGCAAUCAUUUGGUGAGAUCUGUGAGUUUGUCACUUAUGGCUAAUUUGCACAAAUCUACAGCUUUUUGGCACCGGACGGCCCACUAUAAGCAGUAUUUCCUCAUAACCGGCCACUCGUCCGGCAGAAUUCGCAUUUGGGACAUACAGUCAGACUGUGUUUCACACAUUGAGUGCUCAAUCCAUGGCAUUCUUGCCUCGAGUUCUUUCGACGGAACCCUUAAGUUAUGGGAUCUCAUAGAUGACGGAAAUCUACUCAAAUCAAUCAAAAGCGACGGAAAGUCUUUGUUAGGGUGUCGAUGGGCACCGGAUUUCCAGUCGUUAAUAACUUUUGGUUUAAGUAAAACUGCAAAUGUCUACAAAGCGGACACUUUUAGCGUUAGUCAGCAACUGUCAGCCCAUCAGCACAAUGUCAGUGCCGCUGACUUCUCGCCGGACAGUCGCCUAAUUGUGACCGUUUCGUGGGAUACGACUGCCAUCCUAUGGAAUGCCUUCAAUGGAGACAUACUACAGAUAUUCCAUCAACUCAAACCACGACCAACACUGGUGUGGGCGGGAGGAGAGAACGGCCACUUCAUCAGGAGCGUAUCGUUUAGUCCGGACGGCACACACUUUGCAACGGUCGCCGAUGACGGGAUUUGGGAUCUAUUGGAGUGCGAAGAGCCGGCAGCGGUGGGCACUGUCUCUCACGGCUUGUGCUGCACGUACUCCAAGUCCGGUCAAGUGCUGGCAGUCGGGACACGAUUGGGAAGCGUUAAUGUCUUCGAAACGCAUUCUUCAGUCAAAUCUUUGCUCUUUUUGUGUCGAAUAGCGAUUGGAAGACAACUGCAGUCGAAGUCAAUGGAUGCCAACACUGAUGCCAUUCCUCAGCGUCUCAUCAAUUACUUGCGAUACAAAGAGUUGACAUAAGAUUACAGCCAUUACUUUGUGCCAACAUUUUAGACAUUAUUCUCAUUUGUAAUCAACAGUUGAGAAAUAAUUAUUACAAAUAAUUUUCAAUGGAUUUCAUAAUUUAUUUAUAAUUAAAACUUUAUAAAUGUUUAUAAUUAAAAACUACAAAACAAUCAAAUGUUAGACAUUUUUCAAGAGGACACCAACUUUUUGACGAUUUGCUUGCAAUUCAAGUUUCGUCUCUUUUGCUUCGACAGAGACUUCAGUUUUGUAGUCAACUCUUGUUCGUCAGUCCGCGAUAUCUUUUAUAAACACAAAAAUCAUUUUCAUUAACAUUAAUACCGAUAAAUAUUUUACAAAUACUCUGUUAUUUAUAUUAUUUAAUAAUAUUAAAUAAAUACCUUUUGCUCGACAUUGCGAUCCUU